AAAACGUUACAUUUUUUUUGUUCUCAUUCUCACUCUCUCUCGUUGACUACCUCGUCUGUUUCCAUUAUUAAUAAUUACGUUUUGGUUCUUUUUAAUUCGAGAAAGUGUUGAUUUUUGCGUUUUAUUUCGUUUAAAUAUUCAUUUUGUUGUGUCUCGUAUCAACUAUCAUCGUUAUUAACUAACCGCCAGCUCAUACCGAGUCGUUUUCGUAAAAUUUGGUUCAUUGGAAGAUUUGAAUUAAUAUUUCUCAUUAUGACUUCUACCAGUUUCAACGUUGGAAUGUCCAUGGAUCGUUCCAGUAGCAAAAUUUCCGUUCGGAGAGCCUAGAGUUGAUUGGACGCGGUAAUUGUGCGAACUCAAAAUAAUUCAGAAUGGAAGAUGAUCCAAUACGCAAUUGGCGUGAGCAUAGUUCUGAUUAUGAUUCUUACACCCGUAGCCGUGAGAUCCCUUCGUUGCUGCAACUCUCGCUGGAUGUUAUUGUAAAGCGGUUAUGGAUGUCAGAGAUGAACAGAGAUUGGUUCGAAACCAGGGUAUUGAAUUGUGAACAACUCAAGAAUAAACUUCACCAAAAUCGCGAUCCCACAAUUCACUCACUGCCUCCCUCGAUUAAGCAGAUGGUAAUCGACAAUAUUGAUAAUGUAGGAGAGCAAAUGAACAAGCAAUUUUCUGAUCUGAGCGGCUUCGGACUUCUCGUUUCUGUUUUUCAUGAACGAAAAUUUCGUGAUUUCGCGCCUUUGAUUUGGAAUCUUGUUAUUGAAGAAAACGUCGUCGAUUAUUACGUUGCGCAAAAAAUAUUCUCAAUAAUAAAUCAAGAAAUGAAUCAGGGUUCUAUUGUGAUGCCCAGCGAUGAAGUGUCAUUUUAUUUGCGCAUGUGGAGGUCUUUUCCAAAAGAUUUGAGGUCUCGGGUUAUCGUCAUUUUAUCGAACAUUGAUUUUAAUCGUUACUCAUACAACGCACCGAAGAAUGAUUCUCGCGAUUUGCGAUUUUUUACCGAGCUCAUAACGGAUUUCGAUGCUGCAGAAAGAAAAAAAAUCUGGCUGGAAAAUUAUGAGCAAUUGAUCGUUGCUGCGAAUCCAUCGACUUUGGAACAUUUGAUGAGGAUAUGUUUCGAUGAUGGAAAACAAAUUAUCGAAUUCAAACGUCAAUAUUUCGUCAGAAGCGGCCGUGCGGAUCCGUAUUGUUUACGUCUUAUCAAAAAUCGCCGUUUUGCAGAAUUGGAUAGAUUUUUGAUUUUUUGCUCCCACGACGAACUAGAAGCGGAAGAAUUAACGAAACGAAUAUUACACAAACAUUUUGCUACUGACCCGAUCCCUCAAGGAUACGACGUUCUUUUCCAAAUACUUCGUUCGAAUGCUUCGUGUAUCUGUAGAGUAAUUAAAAUGCCCGAGUUUCAACAUCUCUUCCACAUGUCUACGGAAAAUCUGAAAGAAUUUUGUUAUUCACGUAUUAAUAGUGUAAAUUUCGAAGAACUGAUUGCAUUUUUCAACUAUUUUUUUCCGCCAGAAAGAAAUGUAUCUCGUUUUUUGCAAGAGGCUAUCAAAUCAUUUUUUACUGAUCGAGUUCUUAAUCGUUUGAAGUAUAGCUGUCUACUGAGGCCGAAGCAGUAUGAGGAUUUUUUAUACUUGAAACGCUUGAAUAAUGUAAUCGGAAACUUAUUCGUUACAUCGGAAGCAGCUGCGCGUUUCAAAAAGGAAAUCAUGUUUUGCGAUGGUCUUUUCGAUCUCAUACGAAAUAUUAUGCUGUCGAGUGAAAAUCCAUUUCGUGAUUUGAGUACAGAUAGGAAUAGGAUGCUAUUCGUCAAGGAAUUUGUCACUAUGUUUUUGUCAUCCGAGCAGGAUUUAUCAAAAUGGAAGGAAGAUUUUGUGGCAGAUUCCGUUAAAAACAUGAAAAGUCAAGGCCGCAGCUGCAGCUUUCGGGCAUCAGAUGUUGAUUGGGCUGAUGCAAAGGCGUGGUUUUUGGAUUCGGAAGAAAAGGUGUCACAGUUCAAAGCUUCAUUAUCGAUGGACGAAAUUAUGUCGAUUUACUUGAACUCGAUGUCCUCUUGUAGGACUUGGUAUCUCGACAACAUUCUACUAUGGUAUUUUUCAAAUGAUGAAGAGCAAAUUGUGUUUUUCAAGUUGCAAAAGCUGCGUGAAUGUAUCAAGAGCGAAUAUCCCAGUGCUCGUGAGACGUUACUUGGUAGAGCACGUACUGAAUUUGAUAAUUGUACAAACGAUUUUGAUAGAUGUGAAGUGCUUCGGCGAGCUUUGGGGCGGGAAGAUCGUCCAUACUUUUGAUACUUAGUGAAUAAAUUAUUUUUAUAAGUUUUCAUAUGUAAAUGUACGAGUAUAAUUUUAAUAGUUCCUUGAUAGUUUUUAUAUUUUUGUUUUGGAAUAUUAUUUUCAUUUAUUUUUUUCAAGUAUAUUAUUUCGAUGUGACUGAAAUCAGAAUUAUAUUUUUAUCGAAAAUUUGUGCCUUAAAAUAUUUUGAAUUUUUAUGGAAAUCAACUGGAUCUUCAAAUCAGAUAUAACUCGAAAUUUCAAAUUCUAUGUAGAUUGUAGAUCGAGUGCAACUAAAUUUCGAAAAAUCAAAAAAUACACAUCGUGUAUUAUUAACAGACUUCAUUACUUAAAAAAUUGAUUAGCUAAUCUGAUAUUCCAUUUUUUUUUUAUUAUAUGAAGCGAUGUAUUGAAAAUUACAAAAUUUUAAAUUUAUUGGGUGUAUGUUUUUGGAAACGCCUUAAAUUCAACAAGAUAUUGUCAGCUUUGAUAAGUUGAAAUGUGCGUACCUGCGUACCUUACCUUUUUUGAUGUUGUUUUUUCUUGGAAUAAGACGUCUCGGGUUUUAAAAAUUGUGAAUAGUAUGUUACUUGGAUUUUUUUUCAAUUCUUCUUCUUAAUCUAUUUUUAUGUGCUAAAAAAUAAAUUUUUCACGAUUAUAAAAGUUCUAUUGGGUAUGAAAACCGCUCGCCUUCAGACAGAAGAAGCCAUAUUGCUAUCACUUGAUAAAUUUUGAAUUUGAAUCUAUGGGUACUUUAAAUAAGUUUGAUGAAGAGCAAAUGUAUGAAAGUUUGGAGAAAAUGUCAUAAGUAUAAAACUAUUAGAGCUUUUCUUGAAAAAAAAAAAAAAAAAAAAAAAAAAAAACGAUACAAA